GUGACCGGCAUCUCUGCUCAAACCACUUUACACUUCUUCUUCCUCUUUGAAACCUCAUACAUAUACACUAGUCUCAUCACCGCCGGACACAAGAUCCUUGCUCGAACCGAUGGAGGGAAGAUAUGAAAUUCUGGGUGAGCCCACGGGUCGGCCACGACUCGUGCCAUUGUGGCCGUUGACCCACGUCUAUGGGCGCUCUAUCCAGACGCCUCUGGACUUGUGGGCAUAGAUGGCUCCAAGGAGAAGCUCGCCGAGCUGCUGGGAAAGGGGAACACACAGCAGCUUAAAGUGGUAUCUCUUGUUGGGUUUGGAGGCAUGGGUAAGCCUACCCUUGCCAACCAAGUUCGUCAUAAGAUCAAGAGUCAAUUUGACUGCACGGCUUUUGUAUCGGUGUCCCAAAUUCCCAAUAUGGCCACGAUUUUAUCAAGAAUGCUCCUACAAGUUGGGGGCACGCUACCUUCAGACUCGAAUGAUGACCGCUGACUCAUUGAUUUCCUAAGGGAACAUCUCAAGAACAAAAGUGUCUACAAGAUCAAGCCUCUUAAUGACAUUGACUCAAGGACUCUGUUUCAUAGAAGGAUUUUUCACCCCGAAGAUGCUUGUCCAGAGGAACUUAAGAAUGUUUCUGAUGAAAUUUUAAUGAAAUGUGCCGGGGUGCCAUUAGCCAUACUUAGUGUAGCCAGCAUUUUGGCUAGCCCUGAAGGGGUAAAAUCAAAGGAAACAUGGGAAAAGGUUAAAAAUUAUUUAGGUUUCCAGUUAGAAGGAAACCCUGCUUUAGGGUUGAUGAAACAUGUGCUCAAUCUUAGCUACAGUGAAUUAUCUCCAGACCUUAAGACCUGUAUGCUAUAUCUUGGUAUAUUUCCUGAAGAUGGGGAAAUAAGCAAGGAUGAUUUGGUGAAGAGAUGGGUAGUUGAGGGUUUUCUUACUGAAGAUUAUGGGCCUUAUGGACGAGAGGAGAUUGCAGAAAGUCAUUUUAAUGAGCUUAUCAAUAGGAACAUGAUCCAAAUAGGCAAGUUGGAUUACUGCGGGCAUGUCUUAUCUUGUCGGGUGCAUGAUCUAAUGCUUAACUUUAUCAUAGUAAAGUCAACAGAUGAAAAUUUCAUCACUAUAAUUAAUGAUGUUCACAGUACGAAGAAGGGCCAUCUGGAAGCUCAUCGGUUAUCCCUCCAAGUCAAGAAUUCUGAAUAUAGUCAGGUGCUGGCAGACAUGGAUCUCGCAAAAGCUCGGUCAUGUAACUUCUGGGGGCCUUGUGAAUUGGUGCCUCCUCUCUCGAGGUUUCAGCUUUUGCGAGUUCUAUCUCUAUAUAUUGAUCAUCGUCGUCAUUAUUGUUCCAGGGGCAACCAGCAACAGUGUGAUUUGUCUCCGUUACGCGGCCUUUUGCAACUGCGAUAUCUGAGUUUGAUGAGCAGACACUAUUUUAUGCUAGAUGCUGGUGACUUACCCUCAACGCUGUGGCAUCUGAUUGUUCCGCCAAAUGUGAGGGUGAGUGAUAUUCGCAGGAUGAAAGCCCUCCAAACAUUGGAUAUGUACGAGAUAUUUCUCCAUGAUACACAAAGGUACGAGCAGCGUAUCCAUGGUACCACUAUCACAUAUGUAUGCAGGGAGAUAAAACAUGAGGCGAACAUCAAGGGUCUUGGCGAGCUGACCGAUCUAAGGGAGUUAACGCUUUGUCGAGGUUCAUAUGGCGUAGGGGACACUCAUGAUCUUCUACUCUCUACCCUCUGCAAGCUCCAUAGCCUCCAGUGCCUAACCAUCCAUGGGCAUGGUAUACAUGAAGACGCCUUGACUUGGUCCUUAUGGUCCUCACCGCCACGCCAUCUUCGUAGAUUGCAUGUGCUACCCUGGCCGUUCUCCAGUGUCCCAGAUUGGAUCUCCCAACUGGACAAGCUCACAAGUUUGGAAGCUGAACUUGACUCGCUUUCAAGGAAUGGUGCCGAGAUUCUUGGCAAGCUGACCUCGUUGGUGCACCUCAGGUUACAUGUCAGGGAGGAGCGUGCUCCCGAUGAAGGCGUUGUCAUCCGCAGAGCAAUGUUCCCAAACCUUGAGAGUUUUUGGUUCAGACAUCAGGUGCCUUGCCUCGUGUUUGAGGCAGGGGCCAUACCCCUGCUUCAGAGACUCACUGUAGACUGCUACAUGAAAGCUGUGCGGCAAUCUGAUGGUGUACUUGAUGGCAUCGAGCACCUGGGCAGAUUAAAGUCAUGCAAGGUGGAUAUUUACAGUCAACAUCGGUUCAUUCCUUUCUAUGCAGACAGGACACAGGAGUAGGAAAAUCUUUACUGGGGUUUUGCACCGACAGCCACAUCUGUCGGAGGUUCCAAGGUGGGACUUCCUGUCUCUGAAGGGUGCGUUCAGGGAGGCCAUCAACAAUCACUCUGGAUGUCCUGAUGUUAGCAUUCAGGAUGCAUAAAAGCAUCGGCUGACCAAGUGUAGGAACUGCAUGGUCAAAAUGGGUGUAGAGUGCUGUUUCUAUGGUGACAAGAAAUGCAGACACCGAUGUGGAGAGUGUGGUUCAGUUAUACCAAUCUACGCAUUGACACCGAUGUCUGUAAUCUAAAUUCUUCCAACUUGCCUGCUCUUUGACCUCCAAGACACGCUCUACCCUGUGGCCUCUAGCAUCUGCCUUGACGUCAUGAAGGAUAUCCAAGCCGGCCAUGGCGGGUACUACCAGCAGCAGCACAGCAGCCAAGUCGUCUACACCGGACACGGCGGCCACUGGCCACGGCGGCGGCGUCUCCUCCUACGCGCACUAUCACCACAACGAGCAGUAGGUAAAGAUAAAGAUCAAUCGAGGUCGCCAGAUUCAAUCGAUGACAGAUGCUCUGCUCUCUGUUCUCUGUUCUCUGCUUGUGUGUGUCUUGCUCCUGCUCAUCAGGUCAGCUCCUGCACUAAUCGUAACCUGUAAUCAGUCAUUCAGUCCAUGAUCCAUCAUCAGUGUAGCGUAGGCGUGUGUGGCGAUCAGUCUAUCAGUUCACAGAUGCGGCUGGGCAUAAUUGUUGAGAGGAAGAAGAAGAUUAACAAGGGGGGCUGAAGUGAAGCUCCAGGGGUGCUCCAUUAAUUAGCAAUAAGAAAACAGAGUUACAGAGUGCGCACUCUUUUUAUGUAUGUAUUAGAUCAUUGGUGGCGCGCGUUGCCGCGCCUGUCCCUUUUAAUAUAUAGUGUUUGGGUUUGACGCAUAUGUGGAGGUGUUUUACUUAAAGUUGAUGUAGUGGCAGUAUUAUAUACUUCUGAGUAAUUUCAACUUUAAGACAUGUAUUAUAAUUUACCAGUAGUUACUGGGCCUUUUAUUGUAUUGAA